CAUCAAGCCUGAUCAUACACAAUUACUUCAUCUUCUAACGUACGCGUCAACCUUACAACAGAUUAUUCCAAGAUGGCUACUGGUACUAGCGAACUAGAUCACUUUCUGGAAAAUGUUGACGAGAUGGUCCUAGAGUGUACCAUAUGCUUGAAGAGACUUAAUAAUCCUAAAUCCCUCAACUGCCUCCAUACAUUCUGUUUGGCAUGUCUGGAAGACUGGGUAAAGAAGGAGAAGGGUAAGCUGACUUGCCCAACUUGCUCGAAAUCAUAUCCCAUUCCAGAGGGCGGGCUUCAAAAGCUUCCACCAAAUACCAUUUUAAAUAACUUAAUAGAAACUAUUGAACAAUUUUCGAAAACAGAUCAGAUGAAAUGUGUUUGUAGAAAAGGACAGGCAAAAUACUACUGCCAAGAAUGCAGACAUUACUUGUGCUCUACCCAUAGUGAAGAUCACAAAGUAUUGCCAGUGUUAGCAAACCACAAGCUACAUUCAGUCGAGAAAGUGCGAUCAAUGAGCCCUUUACAGAUUGCAGUGUUACAUCCUCCGCUGUGUUCUCUUCACAAAGAGCCUUUACAAUUUUUCUGCUGCAUAUGCAAUAUUCCAAUAUGCAUGCAUUGUGCAAUUACUGACCACAGUGCAGGGGAAGAAAAUCACAAACCAAUCAGCAUUUCUAAAGCAUUCCAAACAUUUAAAGACACUUCAGCAACAUUGGAGAAAGCUGCCAAUGACUGCAAAGACAAAUUACAAGAUGGCCUCAAAGCAGUUAAACAAAGUGCUACAAAAUUAAAACAAAAUAAAGAUACAAGUUUGAGAGAUAUUGACAAUCAUGUGCAAGAAAUGUGCAAGAUAAUGAAGAUAAAAGGAGACCAAAUGAAAAAUGAAGUAGAGACAAUCUACAAAAAGAAAAAGAGGGUGUUAGAUGUGCAAAUACACAAACUGAAAACAACAAUAAAUGAUAUAACUACAAAACUGUCUUUUCUCAAUCAAUUAUUGAAGAGUGAUGAAGCUACAGCAAUGCAAUCCAGUGAAACAGUAAUUACAGCACUGAAAGACAAAAUGAAUAAAGUGCCAAAAAGACAGCCAAAUGAAAAUGGAUACAUUAAAUUCCUUAAAAAUGAGCAUCAAAGUGCUUCAUUACAACAAUGUGACAUCGGGGAUAUACUACAUAAGGAAGCAAACUGUUUAUCAUUAAUGGGAGAGGAAUUUGUGAACGAAGAUCAGAACAUUUUUAUCAAAAUAAUAAAAACAGACGAAUGUGAAAUGCAUGCAGAUCAACUGAAGGCAACAUGGACACACCCUACAGGAGAAACCAACAUCAUACAAGUUGAAGAAAAUGACAAUGGAGAUUAUUUUGUGACACAAAAUGUCACGUUUCCAGGUGUUUGUAAGCUUGAUGUGAGUGCUGGUGGUGAACCAAUCAAGCAGUCACCAAUGCUGAUCAAAGUACAGAAGAUAGGAUUAGUAAAUACCAUUCAAAUAGACAAAAAUAUUUAUGAUUUAGCUAAGUGUGAAGAUGAUUCCUUGUUGGUUUCAUGUUUGACAAAUGAAAUACACAAGUACAAGCAAUCAGGAGAAUAUAUUGGUAAGAUUACACUACCAAACGAUGUCCGAGUUUACAGAAUGUACAAAAUGAAGAAUGGUAACAUAGCAUUCAGCGACUAUAAUGUUUGUAUCAGAAUAUGCAACAUGAAUGGUCAGGUGAUCAAAUCAAUUGGUCAGGGAGUACUGGGAUAUCCACAAGGUACAUAUGUAGAUGAAGCAUCAAAUGUUAUGUAUGCAGCAGAAUGGAUUCCACAUGGCUCUGUCUCUAUGUUUGACAUUGAUAGUGGAAAGCUGAUCAGGAAGAUAGGUUCAGGAGAAGAAGGAAAUAUGUAUAAUGUCUGUGAUAUGACCCUUACAAAACAAGGGGAUAUUCUUGUAUUAGAUGACAGCGGAUUAAAAUUAUUUGAUAAUGGGGGAAGGUUCAUGAAAGUCCUUGUUAAAGAGGGUGAUGAGGAUGGUGAACUGUUUUGUCCACGUGGAAUAGUAGUUGAUGAGGAUGACAACAUCAUUGUAUCAAGUGAAAACAAACUACAGCUAUUCAGUAGUGAUGGAAAUUUCAUUAAAAGAAUUGAUGAAGAAGAAGAUGGAAUUAAUUUUCCCUGGGGAUUAUCCAUCAUUUCAUAUCAUCCACGAAGAGUUGCUGUAGCAAAUAAUGUUGAAUAUCGCAAUCAGAAUAUAAAAAUAUUUAAUUAUUAAAGUCAGGCUCUGGAGAAAAAAAAAUGUUGAUAUGUUGUUGAACUGAUUUUUCUAAGACAGCAAAAAGUUGGGGAACGGUGAAUGAGAUAUUGA